AGUCCACGACUUCUCUGGUACCAUGAGGAUUUUGGCAAUAUAUCGAUAUAUCGACAUGCACCUGUCCCUAGCCGCGGGGUCCGGGGCAGGUGCCUCGAGACGCGGCGGCGCGCCAGUCUCCCGCGCCCGCCGCCGCGACCACACGUCGCGAUCAUCGACAAUCGAGAGAACACACGUGCGCGCAACCCUAUUCGUUCUAAUUUCGAAUUUUACUAAAAUAGAACAGUGCAGUGCUCGCGGAUUUUAAUCGACUUUUUUGUUUCAAGAUAACAAAUAUAAAAUCAUUGAGACGAGCAAGUGCAGUGCAGUGACACAAAGGAUUAUGUUCAGUGCCAAAACUAUUCAAGUGGCCAAGAACAGGUGACAGUCGUGCCGCUCAUGUCAGUGACGUGUUGUGAACAAUGAUUGUUUGGAGAACGAAGAACCCUAGUCGUCGGAAAAUCAGUGGCUGGUCCAAAAUGGCAUCAGAUGUUGCGUCUCAUAUACCGAGGACGACAUUUGUUUGGUUAAUUUUUACAUUGGUUAAUACACGGGUACGGGCGGGCGAGCUAUGGCCUGUCGACAGGCCAGACGGCAUGCCAGUCAUACAGUCGCUAGAAGUAAUGUGCGGGAAGGAUCAUAUGGACGUACACCUCACGUUCUCACAUCCUUUUGAAGGAAUCGUUUCGUCAAAAGGUCAGCACGGGGACCCUCGCUGUGUCUACGUACCGCCAUCGACAGGACAAACAUACUUUUCCUUUAGGAUCGCAUACGCAAAGUGCGGAACAAAACCAGAUCUCCACGGUCAGUUCUACGAAAACACAGUAGUAGUUCAAUACGAUAAGGAUCUCCUGGAGGUGUGGGACGAGGCCAAGAGGCUGCGCUGCGAGUGGUUCAACGACUACGAGAAGACCGCCUCCAAACCGCCCAUGGUCAUCGCCGAUUUGGAUGUUGUACAGCUGGACUUCAGAGGAGAUAAUGUGGACUGCUGGAUGGAGAUCCAAGCCGGCAAGGGCCCGUGGGCGCCGCCAGUGUCCGGCAUCGUACCGUUGGGGUCCACACUGACGCUUGUGGUCGCCAUCAACGAUUACCGAGGUGAAUUCGAUAUGCGAGUGAAAUCGUGUGCAGCGUCUGAUGGCUCCGGACACAUUAUACAGCUUUCUGAUGAAUACGGCUGCGUUUUGCGCCCGAAGAUGAUAUCAAGAUUUUUAAAAGCUAAGGCAGCAGAUGAGCGAGCAACGGUGAUCACGUACGCCUUUUUCCACGCCUUCAAGUUCCCUGAUGCCCUGAGCGUGCAUAUUCGAUGCAAAGUGGAGAUCUGCAGGCACGGCUGCUUGGACCACUGUCAGCUAGCCGGCGUGGCUCCUCAGAGACACGGGGCUCUGGACAGGAAGGAUGAUCGGACUCAUCGUGACCACAAUGAUAUCAAUGAUUCAUCAGCCGAAGAAGUAGCAGAAUCGAGCAUAAUAGAAGAAACUCGUUUACCACUAGAAGAAGCUUUCGGGGACGAGGUAUCGGGCGACGCGGUGCCAGCGCCGGCGCCGCUGCCGCAGCGCGCGCCCGCGCCCGUCGUCGAGGAGUCUGACCACAUGUCCGCCGUCGAGGAGCUGGUCGAGGCCCUGGCUAGGCCAUUCACUGAUCGUCCCAGCGAUCUCGACGAGCGCGAGCGUUUCCCCCACGGGCCGCGGGCCUUCGGCUCGGACAAGCCAGUGUCCGACGCGGUGGUGUCCGCCAAGCCCGCAGGGCCCGCCGUGGCCGGCCCCAGGUCUCUUCGCAAGCGGAGGACUGUUCGCGAGGGACGGUCCGCUGAUGUUGGCGUUUCGGGCAUCUACGAUGUGGUCUCGGAGGCUGACUUAGCUUUUGGUCCGACAAGAGAACCAGUCACCGUGUUUAGUGGCAGGAUUAGAGAAGAAGUGGUGUACGGCGUGUGCAUGGGCGCGGUGAGCUUCGGCGCGCUGUUCGCGUCGGCGGCGGGCGCGGCGGCGGGCGCGGCGCUGGCGGCGGCCGUGCUGCUGCAGCGGCUGCGCGCGCGCGCCGCCGCCGCGCCGCGCCCGACCCACGCCGCACCCGCCUCGCACUCGCUCGCCGCGUGGAUGGCGCUGCGGCUGCUCGGCGAGCCGCAACACCCGCACCGGUCGCGCGACGGCUGAUCCUCGAGAGACUGCCCCAUUUUUAUAUUCUGUAACU